CGUGUGAUUUACGUAAGAAAGAAUUGCUUUGUCAUUGUUUUUGCUCUGGUCAGGUAAUGCAAAUACGAACAACUUCAUUUCUGCAAAUUUUUAUUUUCCGACCCGCUCUCUCAUUUCAAUUCCAAACUAUAUCUCUAUCAAAUGCACAAAUUCUCGGAUCCUAGAUACCGGUCGAAGAUUGGAGAUUAGAAACCCUAAUUUUCCACUCUCUCUCUCUUAAUCACCCCGGUCGGAUCCAGGUAGCUCUCUUUUAAUACACCGCAACAAAAACCCUAGCGUUUUUUGCUAGAUUAGAGCUUAAAUCCUAGAAUUUGUGCUUCGCGAUCUGAUUUAAUACAAUCAGUUGAAAAUAAUUCGGUAAUCUACAGCUUAGAUGAUGUUGUAAGAUUUUUUGAUGAAAAUAUCUAGCAAAAUCGUCUGCACAUUUAUCUUGAAGCUUCGAUUUUAGUGAAAAAAUGAUCGCCUGUUUUAAUCGUAGUAAUAUUAAGAAGAGAGGUUUAAGAUUAUUGAAUCGAGAUUUAUUGUGGAUUAUUGCGUUGAAAUAGAGGAAAUAGAGGAAUAGAUUUUUAGCUUCAUUUUGAUUUUUGCUAAGUUGUUGGUUCGUUACAAAUGAAUGUUGAUGGGAAAGCAAUAUAGCUAUGGACUAGAACGGGAGUUGUUCAGCUAAUUUUGACGGUGUUUCCGAAACAUAGUGAUAAAAGAAAAUAUUGAAAAAAGAGAGUUGAGAGUCAAGUUGUUGUUGAAAAAAAAUGAGUUUGGAAAAUGAAGACGAGCAGCAGCAUGAACUAAACCAGCAUGCUGAAGCAGGACGCGGAUUGCAAAAGAAGUCGGGCAUUUCAUAUACGAGAGAAUUUCUUGUAUCGUUGAGUGAAUUGGAGGUUUGCAAAAAGUUACCUAGUGGAUUUGACCAAUCUAUUCUCAGUGAGUUUGAGGAUACUCCACAAGAUCCAUUCAGAGUUUCUGGCGGCGGCUUGCCUUCACAAAGUUAUAGACGUAAUGAAUAUGGUUCAUCCCAGCCUACUAGAGGGGAUGUGAGUACUUAUUCUAGGGGCAGUCAUGGAAGAUGGGAUAGUCGUUCAUUGGGGAAGAGUGAUCGUGAAAGUGACUCGCAAUCUGAUAUGGAUUCAGAUUCUGGAAGACGUUAUGGCAAUCAAUCUCGGCGACCUGGGCAAGUUCCUGAGCAUGAUGGACUUCUUGGGAGUGGUUCUUUUCCUAGACCACCUGGCUAUUCUGCAGGAGCAUCAGCUCCAAAGUUCCGAGCUAAUGAUCAUCACCAUCUCAAUAAGAGUAAUGAGCCAUAUCACCCACCCCGCCCUUAUAAGGUACCUCACUCACGUAGGGAUACCGACUCCCUCAACGAUGAAACAUUUGGUUCUUCUGAGUUCACAAGUGAGGAUAGAGCAGAAGAGGAGAAAAAUAGAAGAGCUGCCUUUGAACUGAUGAGGAAGGAACAACAGAAGGUUUUCCAAGAAAAACAGAAGUUGAAUCCAGAAAAGGGUAAAGAUAUCUUCGGUACAAGUAGUGAGUUGUUGGAGGAACCGAAAGAUGAUAAGAGAUCUCUGGGUGUGAAAAAAGAAUCCAAUGAGCCAGCAACAAAGCCUACUUCAUACAAUGAUUCUGAUAAGUCUUCCUUUCCAUCACCAGCUCCUGUGUCCAGACCUCUUGUGCCGCCGGGAUUUUCAAGUGCUAUUGUUGAAAAGAAUACUGGAAUUAAAUCUCAGCCUCAGCCUCAGCUAUCAGAGAUUUGCAAUGAACAUGAUCGUAACACUUUACAUGCCAAAGGAAACCGUUUGUUAAGUGGGACUUCUAGUAGUCAAGAGGAGAAACAAUCUUUGGAACGAUUGGAUUCAAGAGAGCAGCAGCCUGGUAGUCUGAGAAUUCGUGCAUCAAUUAAUAACCCGAUUGAAAAUAUUCAGUCUUUAUCAUCAACUUUGGAUGUUUCAAGUGAAGCAGUUGGCAUGAAUAGUCAACAUCACAGGACUUCUAAACUUUCAGAAACUUUAGAAGAUUCAGACAAUAGUGAUGUCAUAAAACACGAUCUCAAGGAUAUGUCAGGGCAUAAAGUCAUGGGUGAUUCCAGUCCGACUCACUCAACCUCUAUCCUAGACAAGCUCUUCUCCAGUGCUUUGACGCUGAAUGGUGUUGGCUCCUCAAGCUUUAUUGAGCAGCAUGAUGUGAAAGCAGAUGACAUACAAGAUUCUCAUAUCGCUCAAUCUUCCAGAUUUGCUCAGUGGUUUUUAGAAGAAGAGAAGAAACCAGUUGAUGAUCUCUUGUCUGGGAGACCCAAUAAACCAGUUGAGGAUCUCUCACCUAACAGGCCCAGUGAUUUAAUGUCAUUAAUUGUUGGUGGUGAAAAAAACGGAUCAUCAUUUGUUGUCAAUAAUGAAAACAGCGGCUCCCUGGUUUUUGAUGAUAACGGUACUAAGAAGACUUCAUUGAGUUUUCCUGUUCAAGGCUCUGGACUUGCAGAUGGGCUCAUGACUUCGAAAAUAGUGCCUGCUGCUGUUACAAACAUUGAUAAGCUAGUGGCAGCUCCAGCUGUACUUACAUGUGAAGACCUUGAACAGUCAAUUUUGUCAGAAGUUACUGAAAGUCGUCAAGGGCUACAGCCGCCUCGUCAAGGCUGCAGUGAUGGUGGUUCUGGUGCUAAGAUGGAACACCAGAAAAUUGACCUUCUCUCUCUGUUACAAAAAGGAUCCGACGUCUCCACAAGUUUUGGUAUUUUAUCUGCUGACAAACUACAGAAUAACGAAGCGGGGAAUCUUGACACCGCACUCGACAAUUCCAGAGGGAGAGCUGCUGAAAACAUUACGAAUGCACACAGGCCUUUGACUCUUGAAACACUUUUUGGGUCUGCUUUCAUGAAGGAGCUGCAGUCAGUAGGACCACCAACUCCUGGGCAAAGAGUUUCAGUUGGAGUAAUGCGAGUUGAUGAUUCAGAGUCUCUGUUUCCUUUUGUGGAUAAUGAUCUCCUUCCUUCUGCCCCGAAUAUCACUUCCAGCAUGCCUAGUCAUGGCAGUAAUCUUCUAGCACCCAACCAGAGACAACCAGCCAAAUUAGAAAGACUUGAAGAGACAUCUAUGGGCUUUGAUCCUCAGAAUGAUGUAAGUUCAUCACAGCUUCGGACAGAAGGACCUCGGCUUGGUGGUGUUGAUGGGUCUGUUGACAUUAGAUUUCCUGAAGAAGAUGCAUUGAUCACAGCCGGCGAUCCUCUCAAUCUCCAGAACUUUACACCUGCCAGGAACACAGCUAAAGCUGAGUUGUCAUCCACUCCAGAAACACAGGUCAAUAUAUCUGAAAAACUUGCUGCCUUGAAUUCUGUAUACCGGAAUGAGAGACCUAUUGUAGGAGUCUCGGAGGGUCCAGCCUUUCUUCGUGGUCCUUAUGAUAUGAGGGAACCUGAUGUUCAGUACCAUAAGUUUCAUUCCCCUCAGUUGAAUCAUCAAGGGUCGAUUAUACAUCCUUUAGAUUCUCAUCCUGCUAGUAGUAAUGCUCAGAUGAAAUUCAGGGCCUCCGAGAAUAUUAUUCAGCACGAUCCUCCUAAUCAUCAAUUUCUUGCAAACUUACUUCAUGCUCCAUUCCAUCAUCAAACUACUGGACUAUCUGGGUUAGAUCGCAGCGCGCACAGUCCUAUGUUACAGCAAAUGCAUUUACCCGGAAAUUUUCCUCCAGCGCACCUACUACGUGGUUUCACUAGAGCUGAACAUUUACCUCUGCACCCCAACAAUCAGGUGACUGGUUUUAUGCAAGAAGCGAACAUCGGAAUGCAAGGAUCUCCUUUUGGUCAAAGGCAUCCCAACUUUGGUGGUUUUGGAAUCCCCCCACAAGCUACUGACGCUGGCGGAACUCAUAAUCCAGAGGCACUCCAAAGACUUAUUGAGAUGGAACUCAGGGCAAAAUCUAAGCCAAAUCACCCUUAUUCCGGAGCUGGCCAGACUCAGGGUAUGUAUGGUCAUGAGCUAGACACCGGUUUUGGGUACAGAUAAUGGAUUUCAAAUGUGGUUUGUGUAUAUGGUGAUGUAUUUGUGAUCUGAUGCGUAUCCCAUGCCGCAUGAGCAGUAGUUUUAAUGUGGCUUCCUCAGGACUGGGAAGGGUUGUUGUAAUUAUUGGCAUUUUACUUGAAAUUGGCAUUCAGUUGUUGGGACUUUGGAACUU